AUGACUUCCAAGGAGGACGGCAAAGCGGCGCCGGGGGAGGAGCGGCGGCGCAGCCCUCUGGACCACCUGCCGCCGCCCGCCAACUCCAACAAGCCGCUGACGCCGUUCAGCAUCGAGGAUAUCCUCAACAAGCCGUCUGUGCGGAGAAGUUACUCGCUGUGCGGGGCGGCGCACCUGCUGGCGGCCGCGGACAAGCACGCGCCGGGCGGCUUGCCCCUGGCGGGCCGCGCGCUGCUCUCGCAGACCUCGCCGCUGUGCGCGCUGGAGGAACUCGCCAGCAAGACCUUUAAGGGGCUGGAGGUCAGCGUCCUGCAGGCAGCAGAAGGCCGCGACGGGAUGACCAUCUUUGGGCAGCGGCAGACCCCCAAGAAGCGGCGAAAGUCCCGCACGGCCUUCACCAACCACCAGAUCUAUGAGUUGGAGAAACGCUUUCUCUACCAGAAGUACCUGUCCCCCGCCGAUCGCGACCAAAUCGCGCAGCAGCUGGGCCUCACCAACGCUCAAGUUAUCACCUGGUUCCAGAAUCGGCGCGCCAAGCUCAAGCGGGACCUGGAGGAGAUGAAGGCCGACGUGGAGUCCGCCAAGAAACUGGGCCCCAGCGGGCAGAUGGACAUCGUGGCGCUGGCUGAACUGGAGCAGAACUCGGAGGCCGCGGGCGGCGGUGGCGGCGGCUGCGGCAGGGCCAAGUCGAGGCCUGGCUCUCCGGCGCUCCCCCCAGGCGCCCCGCAGGCCCCGGGGGCCGGGCCCCUGCAGCUCUCGCCCUCUUCCCCGCUCACGGACCAGCCGGCCAGCAGCCAGGACUGCUCGGAGGACGAGGAAGACGAAGAGAUCGACGUGGACGAUUGAGCGGCGCCCGGGAUCUGCUGCCGCCGCCGCUGCCCUAGCGCCCGUAUGCCCGCCGCCUCCCGGACCGGACCGAGGGGAGCUGGGACCUCCUCUGCAACU